CUUGUGAAUAAGAGUCGCCAGCCAUGUCUGUCUUUCACGGACACUAUAGUCACGGGUCGUCCAUGGAGGAGAGUUAUGGGACUUAUGGAGACCAACAGUUUAUAACCGUCGCUUAUUUUCCCGAAAAUGGGAUCCCUUCCGAGCAUUACGGGACUGGCGCCACGUUUGUUUCACCUCAAGACUCAAGACAGGCUUCCGGAACUACUAGUGUGCCACAAGCUAAAUGCUUUCAGCCGUUUUAUUCCUCCCAAGAAGCCGAGUUCUUUCAGGCACGCGAUUUUUUCCAAGCAACCGAUUCCUUUCAAGUUCAUGGGUUCUCGCAGUCAACUGAUUUGUCUCAAGUGUCGAACUCUUCUCAAACAGCCGACCAAGACCCGUGGUGUCGCCAGAGAUCGUCCACCUCUCGCAAGGGUAAGAUCACCAAGUGGCACGAACUUCCCCCGCAAGCAAGUACUGAAGCCGAGGAAAAGAGGCUUCGCGCAGUCAAAGGCAAGCAGUACAGGGAGAAGUGCAAGGCGAGGGAACUGCGGGUGAAGCAAGACCUAGAUCACGUCACGGAAGAGAUCGCGCAACUCCGCUCAGAAAUGGACAGGAAGAGCGCCGCCUGCGUGGAGAUGGAGAGAAGACUGGACGAAGCCAUCCAGCGCCACGAUGAAAGGGAUUACAGUUACCUUUUGGACGAUUAUAUACAAUGAGUGAAUAUAUGUGGGUCUGAGAAUAAAGAUAAGUACAAGGAAGGCUGAUCUCAUAUAUGGGAAAGAAAAAAAAAAAUCUGCAUCGUUUUGCGCUAACGUGUUUGAGUGCCAAUAUCUAAACAUUGACGCAGAAUUCUACUUCUUUUUGCAACAACGAAUGUCUGAAUAGAGGCACUCACCCCAAGGACGACGCCGGACGGUGACGCACUGCUGUAUACGGUGGCUCAUAACUCCUUUUUAGCUGGAGAUAUUUCCUUAUUUGAGUAUUCUACUCUUUCUCUUUUAUUCGUUCGUUUGUUCUGUGUAUGUUAGUAAUGCAAGAAUAAAA